UCAGUCUUGCACCUUGUGUAAGUAAGUAACCUAUAGACCACAUGCAGUCCAGAGAAAUGCGUGUGUAAAAUAUUCUUGGAAUAACCACGAAUCUAAAACUAACAAAUAUUCAAGAAGAACUCAAUGUGUGUGUGCAAGCAUUCCGGUUACGUCGAGUUUUAUUAAGGAGCAGUAUUAAUAUACCACGUAACAUGCAUUUUACCAUCUCAACACUCGAUUCUUCUGUGUAAUCAUAAGAAUGGUGUUGCUGGAUAAAAGAGAUCUUUUAUACAGCAGUUGCCAGUUGUUGAGGUUUUGCCACCGAGGAAGCUCAUUUAUGUGAAUUUCUGCAGUUCUUCUUCUUCCCUUUCCCCACUUCCUUCCUGUCCAGUCAAGCUCUUAUUUUGUGUAACAUCAACAUUUGCCAAAAAACACAACCAAUAGCGGAUGUACCACGGUGAACGUUAGUGUUAUCUUUCCAUCUCAUUUUCAACCGUCAUACACACAAAUUCGGUCUGUCUCUGGAUAUAUUAAAUUUUAUACAUGUUUAUUCUGGGUGUUACUGAACAACUAUGAGCUCGGAUUACUUUACUCGCCGGAAGUGAAAGAAGUAGAAAACAUGGGGAAAAGUGAAUUGAAUAAUUGUUGUAGGAAGUGAGGAAAAUGAUUUUCCUUAAUUAUUAGUUUAGUGCUCUGCCAUAAUACCAUAAUACCACCGACUAGCAAAUGCAAUGCUACAUAUUUGUAUUAAAACAACAAAAAUGACGAUGGAAGUUAUUUCAUUUCAAUCUCUACGGACAAAUAUAAAUUCCUAGUUUUUGAAUAGACACAUGAAUUAUAUUUCGACUAAUCUAGAGUGAGGAACACUUGAAGUGUAAGAAUGCAAAAACCACAUAAAGAUUUUAUGAUAAAAUCUUUAAACCAAAUAAAACCGAUCUAGUCAACCUGGCGUAUUGCUUUUCAAUUUCACACUAAAAUUUAGUGACUAAAUAUAAUUAGGAACCGUGUUUUAUUAAUAUAAAUAUAUAUAUCAUAAUAUGAUGGGAAUACAAAAUCUCGUUCUAGUGUCAAUUUAUAUUAAUUAAGUACAUAUGAUACACACCGACCGAGUGCCAUAACUAAUAAUACUUGUACAAAACUGAAAAUGUCGGAAAGGAAAUUUGCCCGAGUGAAAGGAAAGGUCGGCAGUGCGGCUCAAGUUCGAGAAGAAGUUUCGAAACACGUCCGAUCUAAAACAAUUUAUCAGAAUAAAUCUCUCCUGGUGGACUGUACAACUGACACAGAAUACUCACCCAAAAAGUAUUUCUCACUAAAGAGAGUCGCAAAUGAUUCGGCCGCAUUUGAGAGAGACAGUAGCUCGGAAGCAAUUGAAGAUCUGGAGGACAACUGCAACCUCUUUGUUAGAGAAUGCUUAAAGACGUACUCCACCCCCUACUUGGAACUGAGCGACCAACUUGAUGACGAAUUUAAUUACAACGAGAAACCAAAAAAGCCAGAAUCUCUCUUUCCCAAUGGAGUAGGAAAUGGUCCCAGCACAAUAAUCAGCAAAACCGUGCCGCAAAUACGUCGCGUAAAUUCCUCCGGUUCGCCAAUCACCAAUGGUAGCAGUACAAAUGGAGACGCCAAUAGUGCAAAAGCUCCCCCAUGGUUUUGGAACGUGUGGUCCCAAAGUCGUGGGAUCCAGUUGGACGAGGCGGGGAUUGCUCUCGAGGGUCGAGUGGGGGUGAUUUACAAACAGGAAAAUUUGGGAGAACGACUCCUCCAAUUGAAAUGGGAGGAUGGGGAAGAAAAGUUCAGUUUAAUAGUCUGGACCCUGGAGGCUGGACUAAACCUUGUAUGCAAACUGGACCUGGCCAACGCUGACCCGGUUUGGCAUGGGGAGAACAAGUUGACGAUAAAUGAACAUUUGACAGUGCAAAGUGAACAGAAACGAGGUUUCCUGCGAGACCUGUACACGGUGUGCGUGGAGUUAGGGUGCUAUGAAAAAUCUGCGAGCUUGGCGUCUCGAGAAAACGUAGAGAGAGCUCGAAACGUGUUGCAGCUCUUUCAACGUGCGACGAGUUGUGGUGCAAUUAAAAAUGGCAGAUCUUGGACAAAAGUACGAAUUAAAGUGGACACAUCUGAUGAUUUUUCAUUAAAAUCUCGAAGCAAACAUGCUCCAAGAAUCAGGGAUGACCAAGUCCCCACAUAUUUCACACUUCGACUUGAGACUUUGGAGUUUCGGCUGAAGACAGAAACUGGAAUGCCGGUAGAACCUUACUUCUUGUCCAUCAGUUUGUAUGAUGUUAAGAAUGGGAAGAAGAUCUCGGAAGAUCUCAGGUCCACCGUUGACAUUAAUGGACACGUUGAAGAAAAAAAGAACUCCUUGCAGGCUUUGUUUAAAGUAAGUGAUCCGAAUGAGCAAAUUUUUGUCAUCGUCCGAGUUGAGAAGACUCUUCAAGCUGUGGAUAACGACGCUUAUUUUCGAGGCAAUCCCGAUGCCAAAACAGGGACUCGGAUUUCCAAGCAGUUGACUUCCUCCCCCCUUUUCACUGACGAGCAAAAGUAUCGAAUGGCACUUUGCUGGUCUUCACGGUGCUUAUUCAAGAAAUCUGGAUCCAUUGCUUCAGAAGGGACAGGCUACAUUUUGGACGCAGAAUCCUCCUUCACCCCCUUUUACAAAUACGAGAAGUACACGGAGGAAGAGCUCCUGAAAACCUUAGCUGACAUCAAGAAGCCUGAAAAGGUGGCCAAGCUAACCAUCGUCCCAGGCGUUGUCAAAAUACACGUGGAACCCACGGGGCCUCACGAGCUUGCUGUUAAAGCGGAUGAAAAGAGUUCGCCUUUAUCCAUCAUCGAAUUCCCAAUUAAUUCCUCCGAUAAUUUUUCACGAUUCGUUCACCUGCUUUAUGUUUACCCAAUCAGCCUGAGCUUGAGUGCUGUUACUGGUAAAAUUCGGGCGAGAAAUAUCAUGUGCCGAGUCUUUCUUCGAGCAGAGGACGAUAUUGAAGCUAGUCCAUUGGACCAGAGUCCCGUAAAAGGAUGCAUUUCGACCUUUGUUUUGCACCACCGAACAAAUCCUGAAUGGUACAGCGAGGUCAAAAUAGCUCUCCCAGUAGCACUUGAUCCGCGCCUCCACUUGCUGUUCCAGUUUUACCACAUUUCGUGUUCCUUCGAUAAGGCGACAAAAAGCAAGCAAGUGGAAAACGUUAUCGGAUAUGCGUGGGCUCCGCUCCUCAAUAAAUAUCGAUUUAUUGGAGGAGAUCACACACUUCCGGUAGCAGCUUCCUUGCCCUCUGGCUACCUUCAAAUUCAACCUUUGGGACUCGGAAAAGGGAGCCCGUAUGACGACGAAGUACCGACCGAAAGGUCUUCAGGUAUUGGAGCUCUACCUCAGUUGCUCAAUAUUGUGCGUAAUCGUAAUAAACGCCAAACUAUAUCUCAGUACUCUGGCCCCGAGAUAGUUUGGUUGGAUAGUAAAUGUUCAAUGACAGUGAGAUUAAAUCUGAUAUCCACCGUGUGGACAAAGUGUGGGAGUCUUGGGGCAUUUUUUACCCAUGCCGAAAAGUUUUUCCAGAAGCCACAAAGCUCCAGCAAAUUCCACUGUGAUGACGAAACUACAGUUAAAAUGCUCAAAGCACUCGAGUCCAUGGAUCUUUGCACCCUUCGCGAUUUCUUCCCCACCAUCCUCAACCAGAUUUGUAACAUUGCCUCAACUUCGAAAGUGGUUGGAACUGCGUGUCUCAAGUUUUUCAUUUCGGCAUUCCACACGCUGAUCGAAGCCGGAUUCGACAACGUUAUUGAGCAGUACGUCCGUUUCCGCUUUUUAUCAGGAUGUCAAGAAAACGUUGGGAGCAACAAAAUUAAGCACCAGAUACUGAAUGACACCUUGAUUGACGCUUGGAUUGACUUGUUUGAAACUGGCGAUGGAGCAACAAUUGCUUCUUCUCUGGAACACUCGCGGAAUCUGUUCUCCAUGAUUGUCAAGUCCAUCGCAGUUCAAGGAAUUAAGUCACCAGCAAAUCCUGAAGAGUCCAAACUUGUCAAAUUGGUUCAACUUUUUACCUCGGAAAUAGUCCACCGGUGUCAGUCUGGAGAUCAAACGUUGUCUCGUGGUGCAAAUGAAAAUGAGAUUGCUUUCAUUUCCGCUCUACUGUCCGUCGUAUCUCAAAGACAUGUUGUAUUUGCUGCCAUCAACGCCUAUCUGGCCUGUUUUGGUCCGGGGGAUUCCCACAAAGUCCAGGAUUUUAAGUUCAAUAUGCUCCAGAGCCUUGUGGAGCACCCGCUCUUCCUGGAACUAAAUUCUGCUGAAGGGGAUGAGGAGUACACCAGACUCGAGCAUUGUUUGUGGUGCAAGAGGCAUUUUCUGGCAGCCACUGUAAUGAAACAAUGUCGCAGCGGCUUGGGAGAGGUUACAAACGUACGAUGUCAAGCCCUCAAAGUUAUCAUGAUUGGCUUAGCCAGACACGAAUCUUGUGACUCUACUCAUCCAAUGUGGAUACCUUGGCUCAGAGUAGUUUGCGAUAAUUUGCACAGAAUUACCAAAGUCGUCAACCAUUCUUCUCGAUGUUCUUCCGUGUCCACCGUUCUGUCUGCCACGACGAGCACCCUUGUUCACCAAGCUUUAAUUAAAAGCAUUUCAGGACAAAAUCACGAAGGUCAUAAUCACGGUGCAAGUUGUAGCCAACAUAGCCGAGAAGGGAGUCAAAUUAGCAACACAAUCAACCUUUCAACAAUCACGCCUCGUCAUCCUCUUCUUGGCACAGAAUCGUCACGAAGUUCUUCGCUGAGUCUUAACGUUCCUAAUGGCGUGAGUCCGAGCAUAAGUCAAAACAGCAGCAUGGUCAAUAUAAAUGCCAUCGGAAAUGGCGAAUCCAUUUCUGCCGGAGAUCGGUUAAGCGUGGACAGAAUGAGUUUUGGGAGUGUCAACAAUUGUGAUUACCUGGAUGCCAUUUCUGCCAUAAAAACAUCCAAUCCAGCCGCUUCUACCAUUGUCCCUUCAACCACGGGAGGGUCCGACACUGACACAAUUGUUAAUGAAGGUGGCUCAAAUGGAUCGGGUGAGACUCAGAGUGAAGGCGAUCCUGACUCACAAUCAAUGAAACGUGUAGCCAAUGCAACAAUAGGGGACGCAGACAAGAGCAAUAUUGUUCAAAGGCGCUACGACAGACUGGCUGAUGACGAAACACGACCUUUGCUCGUUGGUGGUCUCUAUAUUCUCAAGAAAAUGGGCAAUGAUCGCCUAAGAAUAUUUUGGAACCGUAGUUCAACCCAGGAGCGAGCAUCUCUGCUUCAAAUGGUUUUGUUAGCGUGCGUCCAGUUUACGAAUGCCAGGAAAAAUAGUACCAUCACCAAAACCAAAAUUGUGGGAAUCAGUGUACCUCCUCCCACGAUGCCACCCAGCCCGAGAUCGGCAGUGCCCAACAAAAAGUGGUCGUCACUCCCUUCCAAGACUACGGAAGAGAGUGCGGUGGACGGGAACCCGGUGGAGAUGACGAGUCCUUCGCGAAAGACUUCCAAUACUUCACCCUUCGACUCAUUCAACGAAUGGAAAACGCUAAAUACGGAAACGACCUUUGUCUGCAUUGACACCUUGUCCAAUUUGUGCAGUGCGUGCAAAGGUGAGGACAACGAAAUGCGUGAAGUCAUUAGAACAUCCUUGAAUGUUGCAAAAGCAGCAGAAGAUACUCGCGCUAUGCUAAGCACGCUGCAAAAUUUAGCACAAGUUGAAGAAUUAGCAGCUAUUGUUUUUGCAAAAGGGAACGAGGAUUUGACGCAUCAACUUUUCUGUGAAUUGCUCACCGGCUUCGGCACGUCUUAUUUAAUUCACAUUUGCGUGUUAAUUUUGGGGAAGCUUUUUAUGAACGACCCAAAUCGGACGACUUCACAGAGCCUUUUUGCAAUCUCAUCACUAAGUUUGGAUCAAGUUUUUGUACACAAUUUUAGAAAAGCUUUAAAUUUGUUGGAGAGGAACAUGAGUGUGAACGAUCGGUCCAGCUUUAUGCUCUCUAUUACGGAAAAACUGAGCUUUAUUGAUGUGUCAGAAGCGGAUGGUACCACUUAUUCCAAAGCAAAUACUCUGGUGCUCAGCGGUUCUCAGCCCGUGUCAAACGGAAUAAUCAAAAAUAAACUUAUGCGGACAGUGUCUACGACUGCACUCGAUUUGUCCAACAGAUUGUCCACAGUGAUGAACUCACUCUGGGUGCUAAAAGCAUGCACGAAUGAAUACCGAAUCCCAGAAGUGUAUUUAAAAUUGGCAAAUUCGUAUGCUUACUAUGCAAAAGGAAGACUUCGGAUUGAGACAUUUGACUCGCUGAAAUCUGAGCACUUGAAUAAAAAGAAAUAUAGCGAGGCACUUAUGUGCGAACUGCAUGUCGCAGCACGACUUGCUAGACAAACUACAACGUCUGCCGAGAUCAAACGAGUCAUGUUGGGGAUAUCGAGAAACUUGCGUGAUGAGUUUGAAGAAGAAGCAGAUGAUAAUCAGGAGGAGGCUGAUUACACUGAAGAACUGAUUGACAGAAUGGAACAAUGUGUACACCUCUGUGAAAAAUCGGAACGUUACGAAGUCAUGCUUGAGGUUUAUCGAAUGCUCGUCGAUAUUCAAGAGUCGACAUCCGACCAUGCCGCAUUGGAGCAUUACUACACCCAAAUGGCUCGAGCUUGCGGACUCAUCCAGAAAAAGCGUGAACGAUUUCAUGGUACAUACUAUCGCGUCGCCUUUUAUCGGCCAAAGAAACAAUGCACUUCGAGACCUAUGGAAGUAUUCAUCUACAAGGAACCCAAUGUCACGUCACUAAUGGAAAUCUGUGGAAAAGUUGAGACAGCGGAAAAUGUAAUUAUAAUUUCUGGCGAAGUGGAUCAACUUCCAGACGAUGAUCACAUUUAUGCCACGAUAACUCAUGUCAGUCCCCUGCCCAGCAGCAGCCCUCGUAGGAAAUUAUGGUCUGAGGAUUUCAGAAGACAUCAGAAUAUUUCAAAGUUCACUUAUGACACUCCGUUUGCUGUAAAGUCUCAUGACAAAAUCAGUAUUGAUAAUAAAGCUGCGGUGCAUCAGCAGUGGAAGCGGAGGACUACAGUGACUACGGAGUACACUUUCCCAGCAGUUGUGUCGAGGCUUCGGGUCGUGGAAUCUACGGAAGAAGACCUGAGCCCCAUUAUUGUAGCGAUUGACGACAUGCAACGUAGAGUGCUUGAACUUCGUUCAGAGUUUAAUUCAGGAUGCAUUAAAAGGAUUCAGUUGCGCCUACAGGGGUCGAUAAGCGUUCAGGUUAAUCAAGGACCAUUGGCAUACGUUCGGGCAUUUUUGGAAAAGGAAAAUGAAUAUCCAGCAUCGGACAUUCACAAGCUGAAGGCCAUAUAUAGGGACUUUGUGGAAUGCUGCAGAGAGUUGCUGAUUAAAAAUGCGGCGAUGAUUCUACCAGAACAAGUCGACUACCAAACUCAACUAGAGACAGAUUAUGUACGAUUAUGCCAAGUACUAAAUCCAUACAUAGGACUAGGGCACUUAGAAUUGGGCGUUAAUAGAAUGAGCCGAGCCUCUGUUAGUUCUUACUAAUUUUCCCACGCAGUUCAAUAUUGUUGCCAUUUAUUAGCACGCUGUAAUACACGUAUGUAAAUUAUAUGCGUACAAACAUGCUUUAAUCCAUUGUGGACAAUGUUUUAAUUAUAGAAUCUCGUUUUAAUCGUGGUGACACGGCAUAUCCACGUUUCGUCCUUGUUUUUUUACUACAUUUAAAAAUAUAUUGUUUCCAAUUUAUUUUCAUUGAGUGAUUUAUUUAUUUUACCCCUAUUUAAAAAUGUACAAGAGAACUGUAGGAAUAUACGUGUGUAAAGAGACUGACGCUAAGUGUAUGUGGGUAAAAUAUUUACUUGUAACUUUAUACAUCCCUUCCCCACAAUUUUAGCUUAUGACAAGUGUACUGUGUACACCGUUACAUGAAAAUGUGCUGAAAUUAGCCGCAUGAACAAUGUGCCAAUUAUAAACCGUAUAGUACUCACUAAACCUAAUAAUAAAGCAAAAUGUCUUUUAACGUUUAAAACACAAA